CGCCGGCGGCACUCUAUGCUCCCGCAGGGCAGAGCGGUCCCGCGGGUUUCGUGGCCUCCUAGUCCCGCCACUGACUUCGGCGGCGGCGGCGACCGGGACCCGGAAAGCGGAAGGAGUCGGCGCGGCGGGGCUGGGAGCGCGGGGCGGAGCGCGGGGCGACCCGGAACCCUCGAUGCCGAGCUCCCAUCUGAGCUUCGCCCAUAGCCAGCUGCCAGUGGUCUGGGAGGAUGGCAGUGAGCCACUCGGUGAAGGAGCGGACCAUCUCCGAGAACAGCCUGAUCAUCCUUCUGCAGGGACUGCAAGGCCAGGUCACCACCGUGGACCUGCGGGACGAGAGCGUGGCCCGUGGACGCAUAGACAAUGUCGAUGCCUUCAUGAACAUCCGCCUGGCCAGAGUCACCUACACGGACCGCUGGGGGCAUCAGGUCGAGCUGGAUGACCUCUUUGUGACAGGCCGGAACGUCCGUUACGUCCAUAUCCCAGAUGACGUGAACAUCACCGCCACCAUCGAGAAGCAGCUGCAGCUCAUCCACCGGGUGCGCAACUUUGGUGGCAAAGGUCAAGGCCAAGGCCGGCGGGAGUUCCCCACCAAGAAAUACAAGUGAGCUGGUUCCCUCGGCAGGCCCCAGGCCACUCACGUCUCACCACCGCUCUCUGGAGCCACUCGCCUGCUCUCUCUUUCUGCCCAGAACCGGGAAAGGGAGUAGGGCCAGCCCAGAAGCUGGUGUCCAACCAACACCACCUGCCACAGCUGCCUUCCAGACUCCAGUCUGCUCCCAGACUCCCACGGGGACCCAGAAUCCUGUUUGUUUAUCUGUGGCCUUGCCAUAGGUGACAAUCCCUCCUUUCGAUCCUUUGCAUCUGGAGCUCUGCCUUGCUGAUUUAGGGAAUCUACUGAAUAGCUUUCAACCCUCUCCCGCUCAGGAUUAUUAAAUAUGGUUGGCC